UGGCUCAGGGCCCGAGAGAGGAGCGCUGUUAUCACCGUCACCGUCCUCUUGUUUAAAUAACCAACUUGUGCACGUGGUCGUAACUUCUUCCCCCUUCCCGGGUACCCAGGGCCCCCUUCUGCCCGGGGCACCACAGCUCGCUCCCCGUGCAUCUUAGCGGAGGGGCGGUGCACACACUCGCAGACACCUAACCCCACACAAGCUCCUGAAACGGCAACGCCGACCAACGCUGUUCUACUUUUUGCUCCUUUUUUUUUUUUUUUAAAUCUAAGGUAUCUUGGAAGUCGUCCUGCAUUUGUGCAUACUGAACAGUUUUCAUUUCAGUGGCUGCACAGUACGCCACCGUAUGGAUUAUUGUUUAACGUGGUCACCGUUACUCUUAUUCGGCUGGGAACUGCGAGGACUCGCGAUUCAGAGCUGCAGAGCUGGGGUCCGGACCCGGUUCCAGGACCGGCUCUGCUCGACCUUCCGCACCCGUACUACCCCGGGGUGGGGAGGGGAUGUGGUGCGGCAGGACCAGAGUGCGGGGCAACGAGAAGCGCGCGCGAUUCAUUCCCGCCGGCGGCUUCCGGCGGGGGAACCUUGCGGCAGCCGAUCUGCUGUUACAGCAGCACCAAGUGCGGCGAGCACUUUGGCACCAUCCAGCUUGGCACCGGUUACCACUCCCUCCGGCCUCGACAUUUACGUCGGGGCAGCAAUGCUCAGCAAGAUCAGCUACUCACCUCUGCGCCCGCCGCUUCCCCCUGUCACCAAGGACUCCGCGAAGGGAGGCAGCUUCCAUGGAGCGAAAGAAAUGCCAGGACCCUGCCCAGACAGAAGUGGGCCAGCCUCAGCACCGACAGCCAGCACGCAGAUAGCAGAGCCGUCCCCGGGGUUGAACCAUGAUUCCAGUGACAGAGCUCCGCUACUUCGCGGACACACAGCCAGCGUACCGGAUCCUGAAGCCGUGGUGGGACGUGUUCACCGACUACAUCUCCAUCGUCAUGCUGAUGAUCGCAGUGUUUGGGGGCACGCUGCAGGUCACCCAGGACAAGAUGAUCUGCCUGCCUUGUAAGUGGGUCACCAAGGACUCCUGCAACGACUCUUUCCGGAGCUGGGCAGCCCCCGUGCCAGAGCCCAUCUACUCCAACUCCACUAUCCUGCCGAUCGCUGACACCGGCCCCACGGGCAUCAAGUACGACCUGGAUCGGCACCAGUACAACUACGUGGACGCGGUGUGCUAUGAGAACCGCCUGCACUGGUUCGCCAAGUACUUCCCCUACCUGGUGCUUCUGCACACGCUCAUCUUCCUGGCCUGCAGCAACUUCUGGUUCAAGUUCCCGCGCACCAGCUCGAAGCUGGAGCACUUUGUGUCUAUCCUGCUCAAGUGCUUCGACUCGCCUUGGACCACGCGGGCCCUGUCGGAGACGGUGGUAGAGGAGAGCGACCCCAAGCCGACCUUUAGCAAGAUGAACGGCUCCAUGGACAAGAAGUCCUCGACGGUCAGCGAGGACGUGGAGGCCACGGUGCCCAUGCUGCAGCGGACCAAGUCCCGGAUCGAGCAGGGCAUCGUGGACCGCUCGGAGACGGGGGUGCUGGACAAGAAGGAGGGGGAGCAGGCCAAGGCGCUCUUCGAGAAGGUGAAGAAGUUCCGGACCCACGUGGAGGAGGGGGACAUCGUGUACCGCCUCUACAUGCGGCAGACCAUCAUCAAGGUGAUCAAGUUCAUCCUCAUCAUCUGCUACACCGUCUACUACGUGCACAACAUCAAGUUCGACGUGGACUGCACUGUGGACAUCGAGAGCCUGACGGGCUACCGCACCUACCGGUGUGCCCACCCCCUGGCCACGCUCUUCAAGAUCCUGGCGUCCUUCUACAUCAGCCUGGUCAUCUUCUACGGCCUCAUCUGCAUGUACACGCUGUGGUGGAUGCUGCGCCGCUCCCUCAAGAAGUACUCCUUCGAGUCGAUCCGCGAAGAGAGCAGCUACAGCGACAUCCCCGACGUCAAGAAUGACUUCGCCUUCAUGCUCCACCUCAUCGACCAGUACGACCCGCUCUACUCCAAGCGCUUCGCCGUCUUCCUGUCGGAGGUGAGCGAGAACAAGCUGCGGCAGCUGAACCUCAACAACGAGUGGACGCUGGACAAGCUGCGGCAGCGGCUCACCAAGAACGCGCAGGACAAGCUGGAGCUGCACCUCUUCAUGCUCAGCGGCAUCCCCGACACCGUGUUUGACCUGGUGGAGCUGGAGGUGCUGAAGCUGGAGCUGAUCCCGGACGUGACCAUCCCGCCCAGCAUCGCCCAGCUCACGGGCCUCAAGGAGCUGUGGCUGUACCACACGGCGGCCAAGAUCGAGGCGCCGGCCCUGGCCUUCCUGCGCGAGAACCUGCGGGCGCUGCACAUCAAGUUCACGGACAUUAAGGAGAUCCCGCUGUGGAUCUACAGCCUGAAGACGCUGGAGGAGCUGCACCUGACGGGCAACCUGAGCGCGGAGAACAACCGCUACAUCGUCAUCGACGGGCUGCGCGAGCUCAAGCGCCUCAAGGUGCUGCGGCUGAAGAGCAACCUGAGCAAGCUGCCGCAGGUGGUCACGGACGUGGGCGUGCACCUGCAGAAGCUGUCCAUCAACAACGAGGGCACCAAGCUCAUCGUCCUCAACAGCCUCAAGAAGAUGGUGAACCUGACGGAGCUGGAACUGAUCCGCUGCGACCUGGAGCGCAUCCCCCACUCCAUCUUCAGCCUCCACAACCUGCAGGAGAUCGACCUCAAGGACAACAACCUCAAGACCAUCGAGGAGAUCAUCAGCUUCCAGCACCUGCACCGCCUCACCUGCCUUAAGCUCUGGUACAACCACAUCGCCUACAUCCCCAUCCAGAUCGGCAACCUCACCAACCUCGAGCGCCUCUACCUGAACCGCAACAAGAUCGAGAAGAUCCCCCCCCAGCUCUUCUACUGCCGCAAGCUGCGCUACCUGGACCUCAGCCACAACAACCUGACCUUCCUCCCCGCCGACAUUGGCCUCCUGCAGAACCUCCAGAACCUGGCCAUCACAGCCAACAGGAUCGAGGCGCUGCCCCCGGAGCUCUUCCAGUGCCGGAAGCUGCGGGCCCUGCACCUGGGCAACAACGUGCUGCAGUCGCUGCCCUCGCGGGUGGGCGAGCUGACCAACCUGACCCAGAUCGAGCUGCGGGGCAACCGGCUGGAGUGCCUGCCCGUGGAGCUGGGCGAGUGCCCGCUGCUCAAGCGCAGUGGCCUGGUGGUGGAGGAGGACCUGUUCAACACGUUGCCGCCCGAGGUGAAGGAGCGGCUGUGGAGGGCCGACAAGGAGCAGGCCUGACCGAGGCGGACACCGAGCGCAGGGCUGGCCGCGGUGGCCCAGU